UUAAUGCCGGGGAAUGUAACUGGGCAAGGGCUAGAGCUCUUGAGACUUAAAAGAGGGUGAGCGAGGAGCAUGAAAGCCAAAAUGUGACCGUUAGAACUAAAAACCCCUUACGGAGAACUAUACAAAAUCCAACAAUUUUCAAAAAUCACCUUAAAUAAAUCGUGUCCUCGUCAACGUAAUCCAGCAUCCACCCACCUGUAAUCCAACCUUAAAUUUCAAGAAUCCGAUGCCCAGCAAACCCACACUUCUGGAUCCUUCUUUCCUUUUACAGAGAACUUCCUAUUUUUUUCCCUACCUUCUUUCUCUCUGAAUUCGUUCAUCCUCAGCGAGCAGAUCGAACAAACACAUCCCUUACUUACAGUGCCACCCUACAAUGGCGAAAAGCAGCGCGGAGGAGGCGUGGGAGGACGACGUCGUUACAGUGACAUUGGAAGGGGAGAAGGUUAUAGUGAAGGAGAUGAGGAAUGAGGAAGAGUCUCAUCCUUAUGCUUUCCAUGUCUCUGGCCCCCGCAAUGUUUCCUCCCCCAAUUGGAGAGAUCUAAUCAACUCCAGUUGGAAGGAUGCAAAUUACAAAAGGACAGUAAUUGCUUGCUUCAUCCAAGCAGUAUACUUGGUGGAGCUAGACAGACAAGAGAACCGCACAGAAGAAACCGCCCUUGCCCCCAAAUGGUGGACCCCCUUCAAGUACAGACUCGCCGAAACCCUAGUCGACGAGAGAGACGGCUCCAUCUUCGGCGCCGUACUCGAAUGGGACCGGGCGGCGGCGUUGACCGACCUGGUCUUCAUCAGACCAAGCGGCGCACCGAGAGCGGUUCUGGCUCUACGCGGGACCCUCCUGAAGAGCCCGACGAUCAGAAGGGACAUCGAAGACGAUCUCCGGUUCCUGGCGUGGGAGAGCCUGAAGGGAUCGGUCCGGUUUAGGUGCGGAAUGGAGGCGGCGAAAUCGCUGGUCGGGAAAUACGGGUCCCACAACGUCUGCAUUGCCGGACACUCGCUCGGCGCCGGAUUCGCCCUUCAAGUGGGGAAGGCGUUGGCGAAAGAAGGGAUAUACGUGGAGGCGCAUUUGUUCAAUCCGCCGUCGGUUUCGCUGGCUAUGAGUCUCAGGAAUGUGGCGGAAAAAGCGGGGUUGGUUUGGAAUAGGUUCAAAUCUCUGCUUCCUUCUCAGGCCGGCUGCAUUUCUGAAAAAUUAGAAGGAGGAGGGGAAAGAUCUAGAAAACAGACCCGGGUAAAGCAGUGGGUCCCACAUUUGUACAUAAACAACAGUGAUUAUAUUUGUUGCUCUUAUACUGAUCCAGAGGAAGCCCAGAACAAGAACAGAGCUGCUGCUGAUGGUGACGAAGAUAAAGAGAAUGCGAAGCCCCGAAAAGGCGGAGGCGGCGGGCAAGUGGCGGCGAAGCUCUUCCUUUCAGUGAAGGGAGGAAAGCAGAGGUUUUUGGAGGCGCAUGGGCUAGAGCAAUGGUGGUCUGACAAUUUGGAGCUUCAAAUGGCUCUUAAUAGUAGUAGGCUUAUAAGCCAGCAGCUUAAAUCCUUGUAUAGCCUCCCACCCACUACUGCCUCCUCCACCACACAAACAGAAACAGUUAAGCAUAAGCUUAAGAGUUAGCACUUAGCAGAACUAUGUAUUCUGAAGUGAUAUUGACAGUAUUAAAUCAUUGUUGAUUAUCUGCUUCACAUUUUUCGAACAGUAUCUUGAUGUGUUGUUGGUCUUUCACUUUUGAAAAAAAAAGGAUGGCA